AUGCUAUCCCUCAAGCAUCACACCCUAUACUGGGGUCUUUCACUCUCGACAAUCCCUCUUACAAGCCUUCGAGAGUUACUUAUCAGAUAUGGCCUCUUUCCCGACUCUGUUAACGAUAUCCACUUCCCCGUCAUCUGCUUAACGCUUUAUCUCCUUAUACGCUACACACUAUUUCUCCAAGACGAGAAACUCAAGGAGGAUACGAGAGAUGUCGUAACCACAUUCAGCGGCAACGUCAUCGCAGCGAAUCUUGACGAGCCUGCGGAGGAACAGCAAAUUGCGAAUGAGUCAAAUUCGAACCACACAAACGCCAACGGAAAUGGUAUCGUCAACGGGAACGCCAACGGGAACGGAAACGCCAAUGGUAAAGCAGCACGAGGAGGAAAAGGGAAAAAGAAAUUCAUCAGAGGCGCCAACGGUAAACCUCGAGAACUUCAGCUUGGGAAGGAAUCGGACCAGAAUGGAAACGCGAGACUGCCCAACAGGAAUAGAACACCUCAGAGUCCACUGGCGAUGCCGCCUGACGUUAGUCUCCGACGACUCCGAAAGGCCUCCAUGGAGAAGAAAAAGCCCGCGGAGCAUUUCCUUCUUGUCAUAGCCAGUAAACACUACCCAGUUCUGUACUUUAUAAGUCUGGCACUGUUAUGUACUCGCAAGGACUGGGUUCUAGGAUUUGAUGACAGUGCUGAGAACCGAUACGUUAUGUCGGCUGGCCGUGUUCUCAUGACUUUCAUGGCCUUGGGAACUUUGGAGCCGAUAAGGUGUGAUCGGUGGGACGUUCAAGUUUGUGGUAUGGGAAUGUUCACAAGUUGCUAUACGCCUUAUGAUGAAGGACUGAAUCCUUGUGCCCCCGCCUUGAUAGGAGCUGGCGGCCUUGUAGUAAUAGGAGGAAUCAUGGAGACCUGUUAUUAUAUGACUCUUGACCAGUGGCCCUGGUGGCCCGAAGUAUGGUUUGAGAGUGCUCUCACUACAUCCGAUAUCUGGAUUCGCAUCGAGCUACUCGCGCCACUCAUCGACAUCGUCGAGACUAUACUCUAUUCUAUUUCACGACACACCCACCCUGAAUGGUAUAAAGAGAGAGAGGAACUUUUUCAGAGGCCCCUGUAG